GUCAGAUCGUAGAAAUCAUUCAUACAUAUUUGCCAACAGAAUUCUGUCACAGAAAUUUCGACAUUUUAAUAAUGAGCAAACCCGCGUCAGAAUUAUAAAUAAAUAAUGAAUACGAUACAAGAUCCAAGACUGUGCACUGAAGAUGCCAUCUACAAGAAAAAGAAAUUCAGCCCGCCGCAAGUUGGAAUCCCGCUGCUUCUACAAAAGAUGGUCAAGAUGGACAAGAAACAGUUGGAGAAUCAUGUCCAUAAAAGAAAAAAUCUUUACAGCAAAUGUGAGAAUAUGAAAGUUGUCGCCGAAAAGGAUAUUUCUCUCGAAAGAAAAUGUGCAAAAGUCAUUUGUCCCCGACCCAUAACAAAACUAUCGAGAAUCCUAGCAACUUUUCGUAAUUGGCAAUUGGCACCUAACCGAUAUACCAUCAAGGGCCGAGAUGUUGCUGACAUUGUACAAAAACAAACAGGCAAAAAGGGUCCUUUCUAUUCAGGCACAUUAAGAAACAAUGACAGUCUUUAUGGGCACCUUAAAUCAUCAAAACCAUGUGGGACACCCACUUUCUACGACAUCCCCACGAUGAUUGACUUGCUGAAUCGCUAUUAUAACAAACACAAGAUGAAAUUCUCCACAGCGGCUCGAUAUAGGAAACCGCAUUUGCGAUUUAUGGUGAAAGAUGUGGUGCUUUGCUGGCGAAAUCCUAACGAUCCAGGACCCGCUCAUUAUUUUCCGAAAAAUCACUGCCUCGAAACUAAUAUUCACAAACCAGUCAAAGCAAAACCGAUUACAGUUUUCAAUUUCCUGCCGAAUUCAUCCGUUCCCUCUCGGGAAACAGCUUUCCUAAAAGCGAUUGAUGCAAAAACCCCGGGACCAGGACGAUAUGAAACGGUCGAAAUCACAUGUCCUUGUCAAAGUAAGCUCAUCAUUGAGCCUACGAUUUGGCGUGAAAUUGAAAUUGAGAAGCGAAAGCGUUUUCGUCACCUGAAAUAUAAACGCAUCAAGGAAGAACUUUACUGUCCUUGCUCGAAAGUUCGAAAUAUCAAAGGACACGGACACACGUCAGUAUUCCAAUCCAAAACCGUCAGACUUAUCGAGAGGAUGCCAUUCACUAAGAAAUCAGAUCGCCUGGAGAAAUUACAUCACACAGCAAAAUACAUCCAAAUGAUUGUGAAUCCACCACGUAUCCCCAUAUCAAUUACACGAGUUGAUAUGACACCCAAGCCUGUUCAGCUGACGUUUAAUAGCAUCAUCAAACCGAAAAUGCGUUGUAAGCUCAAGGUAAAUAAAAGGAUAGCGUUUUUGAGUGCCACCCCGAGGUUUAAGGAUGAAGAAUCAUCGACAAUCUUAAGAGACUCUUCCAAGUCGAAAGAAAUGGCAAAAUCAAGGACUGGAGUUCGUUUAAAGGAGAAAAACUUGGAACCGCCACGACUGAUAAAGAUGACACCGUCUAAGGAGGAUGUUUUCAAGCGCCUUCAGCAAUUGCCAUCACGUUUUCAACAAAAACAAAUUACGACACGCGAAAAAGUUUUCACAUUUUCACCAAUUCCAGCACCUCAGUUAUUACUUAAGGACAGUGACGUAAUUACCAGAGAACCUGUAGCACACUACUAUCAAACACCGUUGAAAAUUGAUGAUUUUCUGAAGGAUGAGUAUCGAAAGACAAUAUCUGAAGUUAAAACCAAAUCCAAAGAUACUAUUGAGAAUAUACAUGAGGAGAUUGAUAUUUAGAUCUCUUCUGGUACUAUGGAAAAAUAACUAAAUAUAUUUUUAAAAUGUAUUAGCUUUGAAAAAUGAU